AUGGCCUGGUGGAACGGCAAAGGCUGGAGAGGUGAAAACGAUUGGGAGAAAGGAAACGGCAAGAACGGCAAGCACGGCCAGAAAGGCCCGAAAGGCCAGAAGGGCCAGAAAGGAAAAGGAAAAGAUGGAAAAGAUGGUAAAGAUGGUGAAAGAGAAGGGAAAGGAUUCAAAGGAUGGCGAAAAGAAGAGUGGUAUCCUCAAGAAGAGGCUCGAAGUCAACUAAGCAGUGAGGCUGCUGAUUUCAUUCCCUCUGGUUUGUAUGAUUAUGACGUUCUAUCUCAUCAAUAUUGGGAUAUGGCCGAGGAGGCUACCUGGCGGGAAUUCGCAGAUCAUGAGGGCACCAAAUAUUACUACAACUGCAAGACGGGUCUCACCCAGUGGGAACGUCCGGCAGAGCUCGACUUGCCAAAGCCCGAGUCCCCAAAGCACCAGUCUCCUGAAAAGGGCAAGGCUGGCACGGGCAAAGCCAAGGGCUAUGGUGGCUACCACGGCGGUGAUGCACAGGGAGCCCCAGCCUGGGCGAAGGGCGAGAAAGGUGAGAAGGGCGAGAAGGGCAAGAAGGGCGAGAAGGGCGAAGGAAAAGCUCGGAAGGGAAAGGAUGGAAAGGAUGGCAAAGGCAAGAAGGAGAAAUCCAAAGAAAAGGAUGAUGCAACUUUUGGCCCACAGGGAUGCAAUUUAUUUGUGUUCCAUCUGCCAGACGAAUGGGGCGAUGAAGACAUGUUGGAGCAACUUCGCUGCAAACCUCUGACGUACUUCUCGCCACAUGGGAAGAUUGUGAGUGCCAAGGUCAUGAAGGAACUUGGCACUGGCCGUUCUCGUGGCUUUGGUUUCGUGAGUUAUGAAGCCCAAGCUGAUGCAGCCACAGCCAUCCGAAAGAUGCACGGAUAUAAAAUCCAGGGAAAACGUUUGAAGGUGGAAUUCAAGAAGGGUGAAACCACUGAGGAGCCCAAGGAAAAGGCCCCCAGCGCCGAUGAUGAGCGACUCAUCGGAUAUUUAAGGGCCAUCUCUGCUCAGUCUGUCGUACAAUCCCUGAAGAGCACAGAGAAGAAAGAGUCAAAGUUUGAGCCGUUGCCGUUUGAGCCCUCCGGUGCCCCCGUUGACCCCGUUGACCCCGACCCCGUGUCGGUUGAGGAUCCGCCGGGAAGUCCCGCGUGA